AUGUUCCAGAUGCUUCAAACUGUGGGUCAGUUUAGUGGGAUGCCAACAGAGGAUCCUCACCUUCACCUUCGCUUGUUCAUUGAAGUAAGUGACUCUUUCAAGCUGCCCGGAGUGACAGAGGAUGCAUUGAGACUAAAUUUGUUCCCAUACUCCUUGAGAGAUAGAGCCAGAGCUUGGUUGAACUCCUUGCCAUCUGAUUCUGUGAGUACUUCGCAAGAGUUGGCUGAGCGGUUUUUGAUGAAGUAUUUUCCUCCCACUAAAAAUGCCAAGCUUCGCAAUGAGAUUACUUCAUUUCAACAACUUGAUGAAGAAUCCUUAUAUGAGGCAUGGGAGCGGUUUAAGGAGUUGUUACGCAAAUGCCCUCACCAUGGCAUUCCUCAUUGCAUCCAAAUGGAGACCUUCUAUAACGGUCUUAACGCUCAUACUAGGAUGGUGGUUGAUGCUUCAGUGAAUGGGGCUCUUCUUGCUAAGUCCUAUAAUGAGCGGCCCACUUCUAGAUUGUAUACCGGUAGAAAGGUGGCCGGUAUUCAUGAUGUAGAUGCCAUCACUUCUUUGGCGGCCCAAGUAUCUUCUAUUUCUAAUAUGCUCAAGACAAUGAAUAUGGGGAUGAAUCAAUCAAUGGGGCAGCCUAUGGGGACACAAAUGGGGCAAAUGGAGAGCAUUUCUUGUGUGUAUUGUGGUGAGGGUCAUACUUUUGAUAACUGUCCUUCUAAUCUGGCAACUGUAUGUUAUAUGGGGAACCAAAAUAGGAAUGGUCCUUAUUCUAAUUCCUACAACCCAUCAUGGGGGCAACACCCCAAUUUUUUAUGGAGUAAUCAAGGAGUUGGCCCUAUUAAUCCUUCGAUGCCUCCAAGACCAAAUUUUCCACCAGGUUACCCCCCUCAAGCACAACAACAAAGACCACAACAACAAACAAUGCAAUCUAGCUCUCUUAAGAACAUGUUGAAGGAAUAUAUAGUGAAUAAUGAAGCCAUGAUUCAGAGCCAAGCGGUUUCAUUGAGGAACUUAGAAAACCAAGUUGGGCAACUAUCUAAUGAGCUUAUAAAUAGACCCCACGGUACACUGCCAAGUGAUACCGAGAAUCCAAGGAGUAUGGGGAAGGAAAAUUGUAAAGCUGUCACUUUGAGGAGUGGAAAAGAGUUGGAGAAGGACAAGACCGAGUCUGGGCAUGAGGAUGAGCCUUCUUCAAUCCAAAUAAAUGAGGAACUCCAAAAAGAUGUUGAACUUCCUAGUGCACAAAAAUCUGCCUCUGCCCAGAAUGUUGCAGGGAUGCCGUAG